AUGGGUGCUUGUGCGUCAUGCCUUGGGCGGGGGAACAAGGACGUCUAUGACGAGGACGAAGAAUCACGACUCCUCUACGACGAUCCGAACAACGUACACUAUGGAAGCUUUGGCGAGCAGAGCGUAAACGGUCAGGAGGACCCGAUGGAGGUGCAGCGAGAGACUGAGGCUCUGCAGCGAGUUGUGGCAAAGACAUCCGACAACAUGGUCGACAUCUUCGAGAUUGCCCCGCAGGAUCACGCACAUCGACCUGCACCGACUACGUUUGCGUAUGCAGGGCAGGAAGCCCGCAUCGUACGGUACCAGCACUUGUUGUCCAAACUGGAUUCCAAGGAUGAGACCCCAACAGGUGUCCAAGUGGAUUGGCUUCCCCAGGAAGACGACACCAUCGAGAUGCAACGCGGCGUUCCGACCGUCAAGACAGAGUUGGACAAGCCCCUGGUUGGCACAUUUGCAGAUGCAGCGGCGGCCAUGGCAUGA